AUGGGCGCAUUACUGUCCAUACCUCUGCUCACGGGUGGUAUAGGAGCUAUAGGUUCCUCACUCUUCUCAGGAUGUAUGAUAUUCAUGGGUGGAACUGCUGCUUCAGCAUUCUGCAAAUCAUGCAAUUGUAACUCAUCGAUAGCUACUAGAGUGGGAUUCGGAUUGAUAUUCGCAUUAUCAUCAAUGCUGGCUUAUCUCUCGCGAACGGAUAUAGCAAUCAAACAACUGGAAAAGAUGAGUUGGGACUGGAUAAAGAUGGAUUGCUCAGGUGGAAAAUGUUAUGGAUUACUGGCUGUCCACCGAUUCUGUUUCGCUCUUGCUCUAUUCCACUUAUUGCUCUCUGCUACGCUCAUUGGUGUCAGAACCACAAAGACCAAAAGAGCUGCCAUACAAAACGGAUGGUGGGGACUCAAAAUACUACUCUACUUUUUGUUAUCCUUUUUAUCAUUCUUAAUCCCAAACGAAUUCUUCAUGUUUUACGGCUCAUACAUCGCACCAAUCGGUGCAUUCUUAUUUAUCCUGAUUGGUCUAGUAUUACUGGUCGAUUUCGCUCAUACCUGGUCAGAAACAUGUUUAGAUAAUUGGGAAAGGGCAGAAUCAAGUUUAUGGCAAUUUAUUUUAGUUGGAUCAACAUUUGGAUUGUUUGCAGCUUCAAUCACGCUCACAACGUUACUAUACGUGUUCUUCGCCGGAUCAGGAUGUGGAACCAAUACAUUCUUUAUCACUUUCAACAUGAUAUUAUCCCUAAUAGUGACUGUAUUAGCUAUAUCUCCCCCUGUUCAAGAAGCCAAUCCUAAAUCAGGUUUAACUCAAGCUUCAAUGGUAGCCGCUUAUUGUACCUAUUUAACAGCUUCAGCGGUUGUUAAUCAUAACGAAAAAGGUCAUUGUAAUCCAUUACACGCAAGUGGAGGAACGAAAACUACAACUGUAGUCGUAGGAGCUUUAUUCACUUUCUUAGCUAUCGCUUAUUCAACCUCAAGAGCAGCUACUCAAAGUAAAGCUUUAGUCGGAAAAGGCCAUAGAGCAGGUGCAAUCUCUUUACCUACAACAGAUCAAGGUGAAGAAGAUGGUGAAGUUAGAUUAGUAACUAACCAACCAAAAGGAAGAAGAGAUGAAAUGAGAUAUCAAGCUAUAUUAGCAGCUGUCAAUGCGGGAUCUUUACCUGCUUCAGUAUUAGAUGAACCGGAAGAUGAUGAUGACGAAAUUGAAGCCACCAUCGGCGAAGAAAGAGAUGAUGAAAGAGGUGGAACAAAGUAUAACUACUCUUGGUUCCAUAUCAUUUUCGUGAUGGCGGCAAUGUACGUCGCAGGUCUAUUGACGGACUGGGCGAUUAUCUCCACUUCCCCUGUAUCUCAUCCUACCGAUCCUUUCUCGGCAUUCGACACCGCCGAUCCAGAUGUUUACAUUGGUCGAUCAGAGACCACGAUGUGGAUGAGAGUGAUAAGUUCAUGGCUCUGUUACGCCUUAUACUCUUGGAGUCUGUUAGCUCCUGUGUUGAUGCCUGAUAGAUUUGGUGAGGCUUAA